ACGUCCCAGGCUGCUACCACACCGACCACGGUGCCAGGAACACAGGAGGAGGACGUGCCGAGUUAUGGCGGAGGAGGCGAACACAGAGAUAGGGCAAUGGAGAGGAUGGCCGAGCAGCUCAGGCAGCUGCAGGAGAAGGUGGAAGGGAGGCCGGACAGGCGUGCUCGAGGACACCCGUUCUCGAGGGAUAUCCUAGCUGCACCACUGCCUGCGAGUUUCCAGGAGAUAAAUUUGAUUUUUUAUGGGUCGAGCGACCCGUCGAGGCAUGAAAGAGCAUUUGAAAACAUGUCCAUUUUGCACGGGUAUUCAGAUCCGACAUACCUCACUUUGAUGGCGAUGCGACAAGGCGAGAAAGAGUCCCUGCGAAAAUAUGUUGCUCGAUACAAUCAAAUGUGUUUGGAGGUGCCCACAGCGGGCGACGAGGUGAAGGCAAGAGGGUUGAUUAGAAGUCUGCGACCAGGGCCAUGUCGAACGUCACUGACAAAGAUGCCUGCUCGAACUUACGAUGAGGUGCUCAAGAGGUGCAAGAAGUACAUCAAUUUGGAAGAGACAGAGGCGGAGUUCGCUAAACUCGAAGAGGUGGCGAGGCCUGAUCAAAGGAAAGAAAAGCCGAAUUCGCCCAGGAGAGGAUCACCUAAGAGAAACCCCCUAAAGAAUGGCUCAUCCAAGAGAGCGUCGCCCAGAAGGGAGGGGCGAAAACUGUUUCACGGAGGGAGAGAGGACCGCUGGCAAGAGCGACCUCGGUUACCCAAUGGCCAACGAUAUAACACUUUCACUCCUAUUAACGCCCAAAUGGGCGAAGUCCUGGCGGCCAUCGAGGAGAAGCUGGAGAGUAAGGAGGUCAC